AUUAAUAUUUCUGACUGUAGUGUGUAUUAUUCGCAGCAAUUUAAGGAUAACCACUGAUAUGGAGAUAGCACUAGAUUCACAGAGCAAAAAUGAAAAUGUUCCAUACAGACAUAAAUGCCUUGUUUGCAGCAAAGAAUUUUCUCAAAAGAGCAGCUUAAUAUCACAUAUCAAGCUCCACACAAAAUCUGAUAUGUACCAAUGUGAUUAUUGCCUUAAAACAUACAAUAGAAAGUCAACUUUGGAACAACAUAUCAGAAAACAUACUAAAUCAAAUAUCUAUCAAUGUGAACUAUGUUAUAAAUAUUAUACUGUUAAAGCAAAAUUAAAAAUUCACCUGAGAAGUCAUGAGAAAGUAAAUUUUUUCUCUUGCAAUAUAUGUAAUCGAAGUUACACACAUAAACAUAGCCUGGUGUCUCAUUUACUUUCACAUAAAGGGCUUACACACACUUGCGAAUAUUGCGGCAAAGUGUAUAGGAACAAAUCAAAUGUGGAAAGGCAUUUAUUAACACAUGAAGGUGUAAAACCAUAUCAAUGCAAUGUGUGUUUGAAGAAAUUCUACCAAAAAAUACAUUUAAUGAAGCAUUUAACUAUCCAUAGUGGGGAGAGGAAAUUCCAAUGUCUUAUUUGUGACAAAUGUUUUGGUAGAAAAGACAGUUUGGUGAAACAUGGUAAAAUACAUACUUUAAAAUAUAAAGACAAUAUAAAGCUGCUCGAUUCUACAGAUGAUAAUAUUUUAAUACAAAGGAUUUACAAGCAUUUUAAUGAGAAAAAUGAAUUAUCAAUAGGUAAUUAUGGAAUUGAUAACAACCAAGACUAUGCAUUUGAAAAUGGUGAAAUGAAUGCCACACCUGAAGAAGAAUUAGAAUGCAUAAGUUUCACAAAUGAGCCCACAAAUGAUAUAAGUAAAGAAAAUAUAACAGAAGACAUUUUAAAAACUACUCCAAAAUUAGAAAAUAUAAAAUACAAUUGCAAUAUAUGCAAUAAGAGUUACAAGCAUGAAAAAUCACUAAAACUACACACAAAGUUACACACAUCAGACGCUAUAGCAUGCGAGGUAUGCGCUAAAGUUUUCACCGUAUUCAGCAAGUAUGAAGCGCACAGACUAUCUCAUAUGGGAGUGAAGCGGUUCGGUUGUGAGUUGUGUGAGAAGAGGUUCACAGCGAGGCAUUCUUUGGAGGCGCACUACCGGGCUCAUGAUGGGGACAAGCCGGUUCAGUGUGCGGAGUGUGGGAUGAGGUUCACAAAGCAAAGCUCCUUCGUCCGGCAUUCGCGUACACACCGACCGCACGGGCCGCGCACACACCGACCACCCAGCGAGCUUCUGUGCGCCGCGUGCGGACGCCGGUUCAAUAGGAAAGACGUGCUAGCUGUUCAUAUGAGGAAAUGUCUUAAAUAAAUAAAUAUUGGGGACACCUUACUCAGAUCAACUUAGCCCCAAACUAAGCAAAGCUUGUACUGUGGUGCUAGGCGACGAUAUACAUACUUAAAAAAAAAGUCAUGUUUCUUGUUGGGCUUUACUGUAAGGCACAGCGGGGCAAAUCUCGACUGGGGCAAUUGUAACUAAUCCAUUCUUCCCAUUAUUACAUUAUGAUGUUGAUUUCUACAUGUAUCCACUGAAC